CCCCCUUUUGCCCUCCGCUCGCUGCGGGAGGAAGAAGCGUGAACUUGAACGCAGCCUUCACUGCUCAGUGCGAGUCCAGGCAGAGGCCAGUCAGUCUUAUCAGUCUGUCCCCGCCGCUCGGGUUUCGGUCAACUUGUCGGAGACAGGAGCAGCUGGACGGACUGUCGUUUAGUUUUUUGUUUUGGAGUUAUCUUUUUUGUUGUUGUUUGGGACACAGAAAGGUGCCAAACGCGGAACGCUCGACGCGAUGUCCAGGCGCAAACUUGGAAGCAGACCGCAGCACCUGAGUGCAAUUCAAGAUGCUACUGACAUGGUGGAAGGUACCAGUCCACCAGACGACCAGCCUCCUCCUCCUCCACCCCCUCCUCCACCCCUUCCACAAGUUCUGGUUCCUGACGAGGGUCAUGACCUACUGACCUGCGGCCAGUGCAGCCAGGCCUUCCCGCUUGCCCACAUCCUGGCGUUCAUUCAGCACAAACAGGGCGACUGCCGCUCCAGAAACCAAACCCCGAACGACAGCGCCACACCGCCCUCACCUGCCAAUCAAGCACAGCAGCGCGUCGCCAGUGCCGCGCCAGGGCCGGGCUUCAUCGAGCUGAGGAGAGGAGCGGUCAGGGGCAAGGCCUGGGGGGAGGAGCCCGGCGUGAGGGCGCAGCACAGCAAAGCAGUGCUUGAGGAGCCCUCCUACUUCACCUGCCAGCAGUGUGAAUCUGUGUUUCCAUCUGCGUGGGCACUCCUACAGCACGCUCAGCACACACACUCCUUCAGCAUCUACCAAGAGGACCAGGAGGAUGACAGCAGAGGAGGAAGAGGAGGACUUAAAGAGCACAAGCCUGCUGCAGCCACUCUGGACCCUCGCCAACUGAGCCAAGCUCUUGCCUCAGCGUUUCAGCCCUCCGCCCUGCGCCUCAGUCGCUCCCGUCAGACUCACACCACCACCAACAACAACAAUAACAACUCCUCCUCCUCCUCCUCCACUAACCUGCAGGCUCUGAACUUUUCACUGCGGCUCAGGGAGCUCGCCGAGGGGAAUAAUAACACCACCUGCAGUUCCCCUGGAGGCCUGGUGCUAUCUCCGUCCUCUUCUCCACCAGCAGCCUCCCCCUUUCCUCAGACCACCACCCUCCAGACUGACUUCCACUGCGAGCCGUGUGACCAGAACUUCCAGUCCCUGCGCGCCUUGUCGGCCCACCGCCGGACUCAUGCCUGCGAGAGGCCCUAUCACUGCGGAGUGUGUGGACAGGCCUUUGCCCAGAGUGGCCAGCUGGCCCGUCAUAUAAGGAGCCAUCAUAGGAUGGUUGGAAGUGGAGGAAGUGCAUAUGAGUCGGUGGAGGUAGUUGCGAUGGAGGAGGAUGUAGGGAGGCAGGGCAUGAGAGGAAGGUUUCAAAUGCAGCCGUCUGCAAUCAUGGGAAAGGGAAGGGUUAGUGCAGACAUGAGGGUCCAGGGCUCUUCGGAGCUCGACCUGACCCUGCCCAAACACCCCUCCAUUGCUUCGGGCCUUAUGCUUCUCACCUCGCAGGUUAGACCGUCAGGCCGGGAGCUGCUGAGGCUGUACCAGCGCCAGAGAGAGCCAGGAGAGGGAGGGGAGGAGGAGGCAGAGGGGCAGGGGGAGCCUCAGCACACCUCACCCUGCGCCAGCCCCUCUGAAGGCUCACUGGAGAGUGGAGAGACAGGAGGCAGCGGUGAAAGCGGUAUUGCCAGUGGCAACUGCACUCCCAAACGUCCAGAGUUGGGCGACCGGGUACGAGGAGUGGGAGAGUGGGAGAAUGACAGAGGAGAGAUCAUAGAGAGGGAGAAAGAGUGGAGCUCAGCCAAAGUCAGUGAGGCUGUGCAGGAGUGGCAAAGGGAGAAUGAGCGAAGGGGUGUAGGAGGAGGUGUUGGCGGCGGAGGAAACAACAGCAACGCUACCACCGCUUCGAGUGGUAAAAAGAAGAAAGACGAAGCCUGCGAGUACUGUGGUAAACAGUUCAGAAACAGCAGCAACCUGACUGUGCAUCGUCGCAGCCACACAGGUGAAAGACCCUACCGCUGCGGCCUCUGCAACUACGCCUGCGCUCAGAGUUCAAAGUUAACACGCCACAUGAAGACCCACGGCGCCCAGGGAGCAAAGGCUUCCUUCUUGUGCCAGCUGUGUGCGGUGCCCUUCACUGUCUAUGCUACACUCGAGAAACACCUGAAGAAAGUUCACGGCCUGAGCCACGCCAGCGUGGGAGCGUACGCGCAGGCCAGCGCUGCAGACACUUUGGCUGCCAUAAAAGCUGAAGAAGAAGCAGUGGUGGUAAAAAUGGAGGAGGACGAAGCCAGUUUGGAUCGGAUAGAAAUGGAGAGUAAAGCGCGGAGCGAUGGCGUGAAAAGCAUGGAGGUGGAUGAGGGGCAAAGUCAUGCGCAGUACAUUGAGAGCUUGGGGAGUCCAGCCAUAGUGGGUGAUCUCCCAGUCGAGAGCAACACAGAAGUGGGAUUAGCUUUGACUUCUGCGCCAUGAGAGCUGUUCUCAUUCUCUAAAUGACAUUAAAAUAGCACUGUUUAGGAUUCAACCCACCGAUUAAAAUAAAAAAACUCAUCCAGUCAUUGAACCGACAGUCAAGUUAAACUGGAAUCUAGUUUAAAGAACAAGCUAUAGAAAGCAGCAGGCAGGAACGUCCUCUCUGCCAGGCACCCAGCAGCCAUCAGUCACGUUGUUCAUGAUUAUAUGCAAAGUUGCUGGUUGAAACUAAGUGCCUACAGUUCUUUAGACCACAGAGCAAAACAAGGCCAUGACAUUCAACGGGGAGAUUACCAGAGCUCUUGAACAGGAAGUGAACCGCCACAGUCCACACCGACACAGGAAACUGAUCACCAUGUUGCAGUGCAGGAUGCAAAAGACGAGUGAUUUAUCUCUGUGGUGACCCACUGGACAGGUGGAGACAGAAAUUAACUGUAAGAUAAUAAAGAGAAGGGAUUAUACUGAGUUAAAAAUAAAAACAACCUAGCAAUAGAACAAUGUUAAUAUAUUUUCAGCAUCAGCAGAUGGAAAGAGGUCAUAUUGUGCUACCAAGCUGUUGCCGGUUUUCUUUUCGAGAAGAUGUUUUAAAGACUAAACAGACACAGGAGUGAAACGAAUCCAAACACUGUCUGCCUGCAGUUUCUCAGACUCCUCUUUUUAAAGGCGCUUGGUUGUCACAACACUUGUCACUUAACGUAAUGUUUACAGGGCUCGCGGGGCCUGGAAAGGUUGCGCUCCUGACUUUGUGACAGUAUGUGUGGAUGGAAUUUUUUUUGUUCUAAUUUUAUAAAUGUGAAUAAGGAGACUUUAAAGUCUCAUUUACGUUUUUUCUUUCCAUGAUUAGUUUCUAUGCAUAAAAAAAUGCAAUUUUUCAUAUAUGUGAAACGGGUGUGUAUUAUUUUUCUCUAUUUGUAUCUAUUAUUGUGAUGGUAAUUUCUCUCUUUCACUGUUUACAUUUGUGAAGUGCCGGACUGCUUGAAGCUCGUGCAUGUUUUGCAGCCUUUUGAAACUGUUCCUUUUUUGUUUGUUUGUUUGUUUUGUUGUCUGUGUUCGAAUUAUUCCUAAUUUAUGGAUGCUGCAUGUUGGUGGUUGUAAAACUGAAUAAAGCUGUUCCACCGCCGAACGACAAGCUUGAGAGAUGCAGGAGUAGAUAGUUGAUGGUUUUAUGGGAAGUGAGCACUUGGGUUAGUGAGUUUGUGAGUUGUGUGAAUGUUUUUGUGUGUACGUCCUCGGGUGACGCUUCUACUUGAACCCUCUGUCCUAUGAUCUCGUGUCCAUAGUGUGACUCCGCCGGUCAUAAUCACUGUGUCGCCCUUCUGACAGGUCAUCGUGUGUCAACGAUGAGGAUUUAAGUUCGGAAACGCAAAAUAAGCCUGAGAAAAUCUGUCCGUUUGACAAAUAUGACAGGAUAAACUUCAGUCAAGUAGACUGCUAACAACGUUUUUGUGACUACUGUGAUGACUUUGUGUUACCAUACCUGAUUUCUUCUUGCAUUCAUGUCAGGGAAAACAAAUUCUUAUGUGUGUGUUGUGUAAUGAAUGAUUAUGGAUGAGUGCAGUGUAACUGUUCAGGGAUAUGUAUAUAGAUUGACAUUCUUGCUGUUACUCUACUUAUUCUUGUUAUUAAUAUUAUCUGCCUCUGCUUUACCUUGUAUCGUCUCCUUUACGCUGAACACUGGCUAAUGUAAUACCGAUACGCUGUCUUCGUAAACUUGACACCAUUUUGUAAUUGAGGAGCCUCAAUAAAGAAUUGAGGUGAAACA